AUGCGACGAGGCCAAGCCGACUUGCAAGAAAUAACAGGCCAGGUCAGCAAAGUGGUAUGCGACGGCUAUCCUGUAACGGAAGAUAAGCAAGUCCCCCAGUCUAAAAAGUCACGAAAGACGCGCGCGCCCCAAAGGAACGAAGUGUCAUCUCUCUUGCCUCUACCUCGGGCAUGCCUGGACCCUGAUGCUCUACGGGAUCACACAGGCUCGGCCUUUUUUUACCACUUUCGAACAUGCACCCUCCCGGAUCUUGCAUUGCCGCCCUACUCCACCUGUUUCUGGGACCGGCACAUUCUGCCUCUGGGCAACGCAGUCCCGGCUGUGAGAUGUGCCGCCACGGCUCUCGGCGUCGCUCAUCGAGCAUUCUUACUGGACGCUUCUGACCCUUCAGCAUCCGAGGAAAGAGAACAGCUAGAAAGCAUUGCUGUUCAGCAGUAUAACAAGGCCAUUGGCCAUCUGCUCCCAAAUGCAGCCUCAUCUGGGGUGAUGGACGUUCGAACAAUCGUCACGUGUUCCUUGUUAUUUUACUGCCUCGAGAACAUGAGGGGCCGUCCAGAUGAAUCCAUACAGCAUCUAAGAUCUGGUGCAAGACUGAUCACGUCCCGUCCUCCUCACCUCGUGGCCGAGACAGGACAGACGGACGCGGGUGCAGAGAGUUCCAUAGAGGAGAUCGCCAGGCUGUUUGCCCGCAUUGGCGUUCAAGCGUCUCUGUACAAAGAAGACGAGGUCGUACCGGAUCUAAGGGCCUACAUAAGACCCACCGAGAGAGAACCCCAUGAUUCGUCGCAACCCUUCGGCGAUUUCGUUGUCGCACGAGACACGCUUUACGAUCUCGACAUCGAUCUUGCCACAUACCACAACAGGGCAUUCGUUCUAGCCCAGGCUUACAAAAAGAACCUCCAACAAAGGGCCUCUGAACCGCCGAUCUAUGUGGACGGAUUGGACCCAACGGCUUCCGUUCCAGAAAUUUACGCCAUUUACGGCCCAUCGUAUGCGGACGGCCUCGACAUAGGCCCUGUCAUCAGCAGAUUCAGGAUCUGGAGGCGGCGAUUCGACAAGACGGUCCAACAAGCCGAGAAGAGAGGGCCAACCAAGCGCGAACGUCAUGAGAUCGCCAUGCUCGAACUACGAAGGCGCGUAUGGGAAACUAAUCUCGACGAGAUUCCCAGCGGAUCCCCCGAGCAAGCAGACAGGAUUCUAGACCAAGCUGAAUUUGUUCUGCGACUCUUCUCCUCGAAACAUCCUAUUUUCACCCUCGAGAGCCACAUCUCCCCAUCCGUGUCAUUCAUCUGCUUUUAUAGCAAUGAAGAGAGACACCGACGACGAGCGUUGGAUAUUCUCCGCUCAGCUCGCAUGCGUGAGGCAGUGUGGGACAGCGGGAGCUUGGUCAGGAUAAUUGAGCCUCAAUUUUGUGAUACCGAAAGAGGGGUUUUGUAA